AUGCUUGUCAGUGCCAUACCUAAUCCUGCCAGUGGUUAUCUGAGCCUGUUCUACAGUCGUCGUGUGGAAACUCGUCGAAGUCAGAUUGCUAAAACACUGCGUGAAGUGGUCCAUAUCGCUCAGGAAAUACUACACGAAGUGGAAUUACAAGAGCCUCGCUUUAUCAGCACACUGAAACUAACCUCACCCAAUCGAGGUUUGGCCUAUUACGAUGGGCUUCGGGUCCUCUCCCCAACCUGUUUCGAAGUCACCCUGUUUCUCAACCAGAUGGGUGUGUUCAAUUUUGUGGACGACGGGAGUGUGCCCGGUGGCGCAGUGCUUAAACUGUCUGACGGUAGAAAACGUUCCAUGUCGCUGUGGGUCGAGUUUAUCACCGCAUCCGGUUACCUGUCGGCCAGGAAAAUUCGUGCCCGAUUUCACAGUCUAGUUGGACAAGCUUUGCAAAAAUGUGGAUAUCGGAGCAUGUUACGCAUGCUGGGACACACGAGUGAAGUACGUAUCUGUAUACGUGAGCGAUAUAUUUUACAAAUCACACCAGCUUUUCGAUGCUCCGGGCUGUGGCCUCGAUCGGCCAGUCAUUGGCCACCGAGGGCUCAAUGGCCAUCAACCCAUUUGAUCAACGAAGUAAAACGAGAAGGUUUUUGUCUUUUAAGUCAAGAAUCUGUCUAUACUAAAGAUAAACAGGCAUCAGCUGAAGGGGACGCUUGGUUACUUGAUUUUUACGAUGCUGAAGAACGUCUGUUAGCAUCCGGAUCACGGAAACAAUGUUUGAACAUUUUGAAAACACUUGCUGAUCAACAUUUGAUGGGUUUGGCCGGGAGCGAGUAUGAUUUGAAAACACUCGUGCUUCAUGAAUGUGAAAAACAUCCCCGAGAAAGCGAAUGGACCACAGAAGCUUUACCCGAUCGUAUAAACGGUGUUCUAUUACAGUUGAUCUCUUGUCUUCAACAUCGGUACUGUCCUCACUAUUUUCUACCUCAUUUGGAUAUAUUUCGUGGACAUUCACAUGCCGGAAUGGAUGUGACAGCUCGACAGGCUUGGUGCCUGUUACGUGAACUACUGACUUGCCCGAGGGCUCUAGAGCGGCUGUGA